AUGGUGAAUGACCCAGGAUAUUUAGACAUAGCAAAGACAUAUGAAAAGCCUUUGGAUGAAGAUGAAGGAGGAGGAGGCAGAUCACCUAUGGCUGUGGUUAUUUACACCACACAAAAUAAAGUUUCAGAAAUGUAUUGCAAGGAUGCAGCAAAUGUUAAUAUUCAUAAUAUCAAAGGAAAUAUAGAAAAUGGGAAUAGUGAAAGAGAAGUUAGCCCUUUGAAUGAUAUUCAUAUAGCUUCUCUUAAUUUGGAAUUGAAUCCUUUAGAGCCUCUUAGUCCAUCAUGUCCUUUCAUGUAUGAAGAUGAUGGUGCUUUUGUCAAAAGAAACUUUUUGCAUAACGUUGUUCAGAAAGAUGGUAUGAAGAACAGUUUGCAAGAAGCAACUUAUGUGUCAAAGGAAGCUACGGUAAUAAAGCUAUGUAAAGCAGAAUUACAGCAGCCUCAGAAUGUGCAUAUUCUGUCUUCCUUUGUAAACGAGCCAGGAAGUACUACAGUAAGAUCUGUGUCACCACUAAGUACCUGGACACAAGAAGCAAUUACCGGCCAGGAAGUUACAGUUAUACCAGUACUGAGAUAUAUUGUAUCCCCAUCAAAUAGUACUGUUACACUUCUUCACUGUGAUUCAGGGAAAGCAAUUCAGUGCAUACCUGUACAACAAGAUCCAUCAGCUCACUCAGAUGAUCCAUGUUCUGAGUUAAAGAAAUUAGUCCUAAACAAAGCUGAAAUGCCUAAAGAUUUAGCAUUUUAUCAGUUAAAUGGAAACGAACAAGUCUUAUGUGUAAAAAGUUCAGACACUGUGCAACUAAACGAAAUGCAUUUGGUUCCAGAUUAUGAAGAGCAGACUAAGUGCAUUCAUUCAGGACUUAAUAAUACUGAUUCUUCAAUUUCAUUGCCUGGACACUACACCUUCCUUUUUAUCCACAAUAUUUUGCAGAAGACUUUCAUAGGAUUCAUAGGCAUUUCAAGGUGA